CAACAGAGGAGGAAUGAUUGAACACAGCCUGUCACUGUGCUACCACAACAAAGUCAUCUUAGCCCCUAUGGUUCGGGUAGGCACUCUCCCAAUGCGGCUGCUGGCCCUGGACUAUGGGGCAGACAUUGUGUACUGCGAGGAGCUGAUUGACCUCAAGAUGCUUCAGUGCAAGAGAGUUGUUAAUGAGGUGCUGAGUACAGUGGACUUUGUUGCCCCCGAUGACCGAGUAGUCUUCCGCACCUGCAAAAGGGAACAGAGCAGGGUUGUCUUCCAGAUGGGAGGAAUGGGAGCUGCUCUGCUAUCAGACCCUGACAAGAUUGAGAAGAUCCUCAGCACUCUUGUUAAAGGGACUCACAGACCUGUGACCUGCAAGAUUCGCAUCCUGCCCUCGCUGGAAGAUACCCUGAGCCUUGUGAAGCGGAUAGAAAGGACUGGCAUUGCUGCUGUCGCAGUUCAUGGGAGAAAGCGGGAAGAAAGACCCCAGCACCCUGUAAGCUGUGAAGUCAUCAGAGCCAUUGCUGAAACCCUCUCCAUUCCUGUCAUAGCCAACGGAGGAUCUCACGACCACAUCCAAGAAUAUUUGGACAUAGAGGACUUUCGAAGAGCCACGGCAGCCUCUUCAGUGAUGUUGGCUCGAGCCGCCAUGUGGAACCCAUCCAUCUUCCUCAAGGAGGGUCUGCGGCCCCUGGAGGAGGUCAUGGAGAAGUACAUCCGAUAUGCCGUGCAGUAUGAAAACCACUACACCAACACCAAGUACUGCCUGUGCCAGAUGCUACGAGAACAGUUGGAGUCGCCCCAGGGAAGGUUGCUCCAUGCUGCCCAAACUUCCCAGGAAAUUUGUGAGGCCUUUGGCCUUGGUGCCUUCUACGAGGAGACGACACGAGAGCUGAAUGCCCGGCGGGCUGAGUUCUUGGCCAGGACCCCUGAGGCAGUGGAGGAGCCAGCUGAAGACACCUCUGGUAUCAUUAAGAUGGCUGUCAAGUUUGACCGGAGAGCAUACUCACCCCAGAUCACCCCCAAGAUGUGUCUGCUGGAGUGGUGCCGGAGGGAGAAGUUGGCGCAGCCUGUGUAUGACACGGUUCAGCGCCCCUUGGAUCGCCUCUUCUGCUCUGUUGUGACUGUUGCUGAGCAAAAGUACCAGUCCACGUUGUGGGACAAGUCUAAGAAAUUGGCAGAGCAGGCUGCAGCCAUUGUCUGUCUGCGGAGCCGGGGCCUCCCUGAAGGUCGUCUGGGUGAAGAGAGCCCUUCUUUGCACAAGCGCAAACGGGAAGCUCCUGAUCAAGAUCUUGGAGGUUCCAGAGCUCAGGAGCCAGCAGUGCCUGGGAAGCUGUGCAAGAAACCCUUUGUGGCCUUGGGAAGUGGUGAAGAGAGCCGCCUGGAAGGCUGGUGACCAUUGUCCCUACCUUGGCCACCCCCUCUAGGGGCCUGGCCGUAAGUUGGCUGUGGGUGCAAAGCAUGAACCAGAUGCCAUUGGACAAUUUGCUGACUGUUCCUGGCAGGAGUUAAGAGGUCCUGGCCUGGGCCAUCAGCCUGGAGCACAAAGAGUUCCUGGCCUGGGCCAUCAGGCUGAACCAAAGAGUUCCUAGGGUGCACAUCUUCCUUGGUGGAUCUGAGUAGCAGGGCCAAGUUCCCAGUGACCUCAGUAUUUUCUUUGAAAACAGGAAGUUUUUGGGUGGUACCUCCUCAACGUGACAUUGGUACAGUGCAAUAAAGACACCUCUACCCUUA